CCGCGUCUCGGGCCGCGGAGAUGUCGGCCAAGGCCGACGUCGGCUUCGUGAAGGAGGCUUCUCGGCAGAUCGUGGCCGGUGGUUCCGCUGGUCUUGUAGAAAUUUGCCUGAUGCACCCCCUUGAUGUGGUGAAAACCAGGUUCCAGAUUCAGAGAUGUUCAACUGAUCCAAACAGUUAUAAAAGCUUAGGAGACAGCUUUCGAACAAUUUUCCAAACAGAAGGGUAUGUAUGGCUCUUUAUAUAUGUUGAUAUAAGCAUUUAAAUAUAUUACUGCAUAACACAUUUUCUCAUUUUGAAUGAGAUAUUUUCCUAGUCUUAUUAGGGGAAAAUAUUUAAAGGAGUGCCUCCUUACGUUUUUAUGUCAUUCUUGAUAUGAUUGAAAA